AUGCCCCCUUCCGCAGCAUCUCCUACUCCUCCUGCUAGCAAGCCGCAGAGCUCAUCCGAGAAACUCAACGCAUUUCGACGAGUCGAAGACGAUGAAGUUAAGCCGUACGUUAUUGUGAGUGACCUCGGAAAGGGCAGCUUCGCUACUGUCUACCGCGGUUAUCAUGAGCAAACACAUCAGCAAGUCGCUAUAAAGACCGUGAACAGGAGCACAUUGAGCCCCAAGCUCUUCGAUAACCUGCAAGGAGAAAUCGAGAUUCUGAAAGCAUUAUCUCACAGACAUAUAACCAGACUGUUGGACAUCGUGCGAGCCGAGAGGAAUAUUUAUCUCAUAAUAGAGUUCUGCGCUGGCGGCGAUCUCGCCAAUUACAUGAAGAAGCGCGGGCGAGUGGAAGGCCUUGAAUAUGUGCCAUCCCCCGGUGCGGCGCCGACGUACUACCCACAUCCGAGGACGGGUGGUCUGGAUGAGAUCGUCGUCCGUAGCUUCCUCCGCCAACUCGCUCGCGCAAUCAAGUUCCUGCGCCAACGUAAUCUCAUCCAUCGUGACAUAAAGCCUCAGAAUCUGUUGCUGAAUCCUGCGUCUUCCGACGACUUGGCAAGAGGUCACCCGCUCGGGGUCCCGAUCCUGAAGGUCGCGGAUUUCGGUUUCGCACGGUCACUGCCUUCCGCGACUAUGGCAGAAACGCUAUGCGGUUCACCGCUAUACAUGGCCCCAGAAGUCCUGCGGGGUGAGAAGUAUGACGCGAAAGCGGAUCUGUGGUCGGUGGGCGCGGUGCUGUACGAGAUGGCAGUGGGAAGGCCACCAUUCCGAGCGUCCAACCACAUCGAGCUGCUGAAGAAGAUUGACCUCUCCAAAGGGAUCAAGUUCCCGGAUGAGGAUCCGCAGGCACAAGCUCGCGCAGCGGCAGGCGGAGAGGAGCUGAAGCCGGUCCCAAGCGACGUGAAGAAGCUAAUUCGCUGCCUGCUGAAGCGUAUGCCUGCAGAGCGAUCCAGCUUCGAGGACUUUUUUGGCAGCACAGCAAUGGCGAAGUCGAAGUUCCCCAGGCCGCAGCGACCCCCAUCGCCCACAUGGCCCGACGACGAGUACACGAACGGAGGGCAACUGGCGAUCCCCGAACACCACUUAGUGAUCCCACCCGAGGUGCUCGACCCGAAAGCGAUGAUCCCACCCAGCAAGUUCAACUUCAGGAGACGGGAGUUGGGGAGCAAUACUCCGCAAGAGUUGCCGCAGGACAGGUGCGUCUCUUAUCUAGUAGGUGGCUUACUCGAGCAGGCGGAUAAUACACCCGCCAGCCCGACGUAUCCCGCUACGGGUGUUUCUGAAGUGUUGAGAUCACCGACGGUUCCUCUGCUUGUGGAUCCAUCUCUACAUACUAGGCGUUUGUCCACCGAAGUGUCAGUCAUUCCUGGUGAGACAGAAGAAGAUGGCCUGCUACGGCGGGAAUAUGUGCUCGUUGGUGACAAGAAGGCUGUUGAGUUGAUCCAAGCGGUAGACGGUAAGGCUCUUACAUACGGCCACACCACUGCCAGAGCCUGUGACCCUACUUCUGCAGAGAUUAACGUCGCACGCCGGCGUCCACUUCGUGACAAUAGACGGGUGCCACCACCCCCUCUGAAGGAGACUCCCGCGGCUGAGUUCCCUGUUUUCGAGUCUCCCGCUCCAUCGAGCGCCAACACUACGUUUCCUCCCGCUCCAAACCCAAAUGCCCCUCCGUUGUCAUCGUCGCCCUCCAGCAUCAAUUCGCGGACCGGUUCGAACGCGCUCACGCGGGCGCUCAGUCUUGCUUCGAGGAAGUUGUUUGGUUCACCAUCUUCAGCGCGAUCGUCGCCUUACUACCGCGAGUAUACCUCAUCAUCUCCGAGACGCCAGCAGAUCAUCUCGGGUCGUGGGCUGGGUUUACAAAUGGGAGGUCAGCGGGAUCCACUUGAAGACGAGCUGUUGGCUUCACUUGAGGAGCUCGCACAGAAGACGGAAGUGUUGACACAUUGGGCGGACGAGAUGUACGAAUACGUCAAGGCUGUGCCGCAGAAACCCCUUCCGGAUCCCACGAAGUUCAUCAGACGAGAAGGCGAACCGGAACGGAAGGCUGAGAAACGGAAGAACGCCGACAUCGAAGCAGAAUAUAACGCGAUGGCUUGCGUUGCACUGUACAUGUUACUGAUGUCCUUCUCCCAGAAGGGCGUCAGCAAAUUGUGCAACUAUUACGAGCACAUGCAAAUGCGCGAUCCGGACGGGGAGAUGGAGGUCAGCGAAGGCUUUGACGAAGCGUUGACUUGGUUUGAGGAGCAUUUCAACAAAUGCCAUGAACGUGCGGCGCUUGUCAAGACUUGGCUUCCAGCUCAGUACACCGGGCCUCCCACGUUCCUCGAUCAGCUCGUAUACGAUCACGCUCUUAUGCUGAGCCGAACAGCUGCUCGGAAAGAACUUCUAGAUCAAGCAACGUCUCCCGACCAAUGCGAGAAGCUAUACGAGGAAUCUCUCUGGUGUCUGUAUGCCCUGCAGGAUGACCUUCUGCAGAAAGACAAUCCGUUCAUGGACGAGGACCGCGAAACGAUAUGUACCUGGAUCAAGCGUACGAAGCUCCGCCUCGUGCGUUGCCGUGUCAGGAUGGGCAUGAAUGAUCGUGAUCGCCUCAAGGAUGCCCGUCUGGACAAGAACCUGGACGACGUCCACCGAGACCCUGCACCCUGGGAUGUCCCUGUCCUAGAACGUCGUGACUCUGGCUCACAACCUCUCCCGCAACAUCCUUGA